UCGGCUACCCGCCUGCUGGGGCGUCGAUCGCCGAUGGUGCCGACUCUGCAGAUAGGCCAGCUCGUUGAGAUCAGCGGACUGGAGGGUCCCGUGGACGUGCCCGAGGAGUGGCAGAAGGACCCAUAUGAGGGACCUCAAGAGUUGAAUGGGCAGUUCGCACAGCUUACGCAGUAUGACGAGGCCAGUAGCAAGUGGACUCUGGCCACCUUUGGUGCCGAUAUGUUCGCGUUGGAGGAGUACUACCUGAGGCCCCUCUCAGCUGGCGACGUUGAGGGGUUCGACAUAUUUCUUGGGCCGGCCUCGGAUCAGCACGUCUUAGGGAACGAGAUUGUUGGCCUGAUAGCUAGCCAAGGGCACGCGGUUUGCAAGUUGUUCGUCAGUCAGGCAGAUCUUGACGGGAUGCUGAACACGGCGUCGAUGUGUCAGUCGAGCGGUUUGUUCUCGCGGUUGCCGUUGGAGUUGGAACCAGGAUAUUUAGGCCGCGAAGGCACGGCCAAAACGUUCUCCCUCGAGUUUGACAGCAGCGACACUCCAGAUUUCGUCAGAGACUCGCCGCUGCAGAUCUUCGACCGAGCUAUUAAUGCUGUGGGGUCGAUGCUGCGGCCGUUGGCAGAGGCCGAGCUGGGCUACGAUGUCUUCAGCGUGACAAACAGUAUGCUCGCAAUGCCCUUCGAGGGUGAUGAGGAGGACUACGUGACCCCAGACGUCGAGAACCAGGACGCUGCUGAUUUUCUCGCCAUGAUGUGGCGCGCCAAGCUCACGGUCGUCGCCAACGUCGGGCCGUCCACGGGCACCCUGACGCUGCUGCCGAAGCAGCCCGGCGACGAGGAACGCGAGCUGCGCUUGGCCCCCGCUUCCUUUGCGCUCGUCGCCAUGGACCGCUUCAAGUGGUCGUUCGCGACCGGCGGCCAGGCACUCUACAUGACAGCAUUCCUGCUGGACACGCCCAAGGAGUACCUCAUCGACAAGGUUGCCGGCGACUUGGUGCAGCUCGUCGGAGGUCCGACGGGGCCCGGUGUGCCGAAGAAGAAUGAGCAGGUGGCCGUCGCCGCCAUGUCGGAGCGCUACGCUUUUGGCGUGGACUGCGCGUGGAAGCUCUGGCUGGGCUACGCCAAAGCCGGCUUCGACGUGCAGGUCCGGCACCCCUUCGAGCGCUGGGACUGCGACGAGUACUACCAGGAGGAUGCCGACCCAACCUCGGGGUACUCGUACACUUGCCACGGCGGCUUCUCCGACGGCAUCGAGCUCUUCGACUGUAAGUUCUUCGACAUCUCCCCCGCGGAGGCGCGCACCAUGGACCCGACGCAGCGGCAGGUCCUGGAGGUGUUUUACAUGUCACUGGCGGGCGCAGGAUUUGAGAAGAAGAGGCUGCAGACAAAGGCGGCGAACGUGGCGACGUUCUGUGGCCUCGACAAGAAUGAGUGGAACUCCUUGCCCAAGGACGAUGACGGAGGUGGUUUCGGGGCCUCCAGCAGUGCGAACUCCAUCACCUCGAAUCGCUUCAAUUACUGCCUGAACCUGAAGGGCGCCAGCAUGACCAUCGACACAGCCUGCUCGUCGUCUCUGGUUGCGUGCCACACCGCCAAGCUGUACUUGCUCUUCAAACAUUUCGACCCCUGCGAGGCUGUCAUAGGAGGCGGCGUGAACCUGAGCCUCAGCCCGCACACAUACGUCGGCUGUUGUGCGGCCACGAUGCACUCGCACAUAGGACGGUGUUUGACCUACAACGCUUCUGCAGACGGCUACGCACGUGGGGAGGCCACCGCGGCCGUGGCGCUGAAGCUGCAGAAUUUCGACAUCGACUUGGGCCACUAUGCACUGGUGGCUGGAAGCCAGGCCAAUCAGGAUGGGCGCAGUGCAAGCCUCACCGCUCCCAACGGCCCAGCUCAGGAGCGCUGCUUUGCGGCCGUGAUGCGCGAGAUUGGCAUCGGGCCCAAAGAGAUUGACACCACCGAGUGCCAUGGCACUGGGACUGCGCUGGGAGACCCUAUCGAGAUUGGGGCGUACCGCAAGGUGAUGAGCACGUCGGCCCGCUCCGACCCUGUCGUGAUUACCUCGUCGAAGUCGAACCUUGGGCACUGCGAGGGGAGCGCGGGCGUCUCUGGUCUCAAGAAGUGCGUACUGAUGUGCAUGUACGCGGAGGCCACCCCGAACUGCCACCUGAACGGUUUGAACCCACACUUGGACAUGGCUGGUUUUCCCGGCGUCAUCACUUGCGAGGGCACCCCGUUCAAGGGGGAGAGCUCCUACAAUGGAGUCCUCUCGUUCGGCUUCGGUGGGACGAAUGCCUCUGCCACGUGCUGGGGGGUCAACCAGGUCACCUCUCGAACCAACGCUUCCAAGAGCAUCGAGUCCGUUGCUCUGAAGAAGGUGCAGGAUGCGCCAGCACAGGAGGUGACCAUUACCGGCGACGACUGGGAAGACUGGGAAAUGGAGGGCCCUGAGAAGGACGCGAAGCCAGGCGACACGUGGGAGAUCGAGCUUGACGACGACGGCUCUCUCAUUUACACCCGCGUCGAGAAGGAAGCCCCCGACUUCGGGUCCGCGUACGACAUCACUGGCACCUUCAACGACUGGAAGCUGGAUCCCCUGGAGCCGUCCAUGGAAGUCAAUGGCCUGUACACAGCGCUCAUCGAGGUGGGUCCCACAGGCAGCGUGGAUUUCCAGAUUGUCGCCGACGAGGACAGGGGCAUGACGUUCUUCCCAGACGUGUCGAAGUGCCGACUGAAGUCGGCGCUGGUCUGUGGGCCGGACCAGGCGGAGCGCGAGAAUUGUUGGUGCAUCGUCGGUUCGCCUGGGGAGAGGUACCGGGUCGAAUUCUACAAGUCCGACGCUGACACGUUGUCGGUAUCUUGGAUCCGCGACGGCCCGUUGUUGGGUGCCCAGGCCAGCAUCGCGCUGGGCGGGGGGGAUGGGCAGGAGUGA